AUGAAUACUAGUGAUUUGUCAAGUUGGACGUGGGAAGAGAACAAGCUAUUCGAGGACUGCAUUCUGGAUUCUGUUGGUCAAUGGGAGGAAAUCGCUGCUCGUUUGGGGACAAAAUCCGCGAUUGAGGUUGAACGCCACUACGCCCUGCUGUUGAAGGACUUGAAGGCGAUGGAAGCAGGGGAGGAGAUUGAGCUCCCGGCCUACCUGGAACGCUCCAAAUUCGUGAAAAGGAAAAUGAGUAAAGCAAAACCUUGGACUGAAGAUGAGCAUAGGCUAUUUCUGAAAGGAUUGGACAAAUAUGGAAAAGGGGAUUGGAAGAGCAUAUCUAGAUUCGAGGUCCGUACAAGAAAUCCAACGCAGGUUGCAAGUCAUGCCCAAAAGCACUUCAAGCGCCAGAAGGAGAAUCAAAUGAAGAAGCGACGCAGCAUUUUCGACUCUUCCAAUUAA